GUUAUGUGUGUUAUGUCAUGGGGAAUUUGAAAACUCAAUUUUUUUUACAAUUUUACAAAGAAACAAUAUAAUUGCAUUAUUACUAUGAGCUUUCCACGUUUUAGGAAUGUUUUGCUUCACAGCAAGGCUCUAAUAAAUGUUGCAGAUUUAAAUCGGAGUUUGAAAACUAAAAACACACUCAGGCCUUUGCUAGGGGCUUUGCAAUGUAGCGAUAUAAAACUAGUUUCCACCUAUGAAGUUAAAAGUACUCAGAAAAGUGACAGUUUGGUUCAGAGGAUACUUAAGAAAAUACCUUUUCUGAAUGUCGACAAAGUUAAAAUAAAAGCCUCAGGUUACUUACUCUACGAAAAUAUCGCAGACAGAAUAGACUACAUCAAUUUUUUCGAAAAAUACAAACUCCCCGACACAUUCUAUUCGUGGUUCGUCAUAACCGAAAUGCACAUUUGGAUGUUAUCGGCCAGGGCGAUGGCCGAAGAAACAAACGGACCCAUCUUGCGAAAUUCUAUCGUCGAAGCUUUGUGGGCUGAUGUGGCCAAAAGGACCAAGAGACUCGGAGCUGCAAAUCCAUCGAUAAUGAGAAGCCAAAUAGCAGAAUUGUCUGAACAACUUCAAGGGGCUUUUAUUGGGUAUGAUGAAGGGUUGCAGUCUGAUGAUGUAGUGUUAGCUGGAGCCUUGUGGAGACGGAUGUACCAAAAACAAUAUGCUGCGCCUCAUAAUUUAGAAGGUUUUGUUAGGUAUAUUAGAAAACAUAUGUAUUUAUUAGAUAAUUUAUCUAUGGAGGAAAUACUUAAUGUGAAACAUGUUAAAUGGGAAGGAGAAUUCAAGAGCCUUCGUCAAGGACAUUCGUCUGAGGACAAACCUUAAAAAAUCUGAGAAUGAAUCAGCAUAAAAUGCUCUCAUCUACAACACUAUAAUUUUAAACUGUUAGUGAACGUCUUUGUUUCCAUAAAAAAAU